AUGGUGAGUUCAGAAAAACCCAUGUUGAAAAAGAACCAGAAACGCCUCCUUUUCACCAAGUUACCUCUAAUGGCGUUUUCUGUCCUCAUGGUCAUCUUCAUCAUCUUCAACCUCUACAUAAAAAACCCAUUUCAACAUUCAUCAAAUGUCCAAAACUACCCUUCAACAAAGCGAUUCAGCCUCCUAAUAGGGAUCCUAACUCGAGCAGAUAAACAUGAACACCGCCAUUUCCUUCGCCUCAUCUAUGGAAUCCAAUCCUCUCCCUUAGCUCAAAUAGACCUCAAAUUUGUAUUCUGCAACCUCACAAAACAAGAACAAAGAGUUCUAAUCUCCCUCGAGAUCAUAAAAUUCAAUGACAUUAUCAUUCUCAACUGUUCAGAAAACAUGAACGAUGGGAAAACCUACACAUACUUCUCUUCACUUCCAAAUAUUCUAUCUCACCCUUAUGAUUAUGUCAUGAAAGCAGAUGAUGAUGUCUAUUUUCGUCUUUUACCACUCGCAUCAUCCCUCCAACCACUUCCAAGAUCGGAUUUGUACUAUGGGUUUGUGAUUCCAUGCCAAAUGGAAUGGAUUGCAAAUUCGGAUAUUCCUAGGAAUAAUACAAUUGGCCCUGAGGAUAAACUGGUUGGAAAAUGGUUAAAUCUUGGGAAAAAAGCAAGAAAUAGGGUUUCUAAUAAGCCGGCUAUGUAUGAUUAUCCUGGCAUAAAUGGCAGGUGUUCACAUGAGCUUAUUCCUGAAACAAUAGCUGUUCAUAAGCUCAAAAGAUGGGAUCAAUGGCUUGAUGUGAUUCGGUAUUUUAAUGUUACUAAAGAUCUUAAUACAUCGAAGCUUUACAAUGGUUUGAACUUUGACUCGGUUUUCAAUUUAAAAAUGUAA